GUUGUUUCCUGUGUGCGUCACAUGUGCCAACUUGUUGUUGUCAUCGCUGGGGACAGUGGUGUGUGUGUGUGUUUUUGCGCGUGUGCACGCACAUCGCUGCAGGGCACGUGUGCUGUCAGAUCAACCAGGAAACAUGUGGAUCAGUGUGUUGCUUUGUUUUGCUCUGAGCUGUUGACUGUUGUUUGUAGCCCUGUUGUGUCCUGAGGACGGAGCUCCUCACACAGACGACAAUGAAGAGAGGCCGACUCCCCAGCAGCAGCGAGGACUCCGACAAUGAAAGUAACUCCACCUGCUGGUCCCAGCACUCCUCCCAGCCGAGGAGGGGCACUGGUCACAAACCCUCCGAGGUUUUCAGGACGGACCUGAUCACGGCCAUGAAGGUUCACGACUCGUCCCAGCUGAGCACAGAGGACUACUACGUCCUCGCCGACCAGUGGAGGCAGGACUGGGAGAAGGGCGUCCAGGUCCCAGUCAGCCCCCAGUCCAUCCCGGAGCCCGUCGCCAGGGCGCUGGCAGAGAAAGGGAAGGAGGUGAUGUUUGUGAAGCCGAAGAAACUCAUCCGGACGUCGGGCGCCGAGGCGUUGGGCUACGUGGACAUCCGGACGCUGGCGGAGGGGAUGUGCCGCUACGACCUGAACGAGGAGGACGUGGCCUGGCUGCAGAGCAUCAACCAGGAGUUUGCAGAGAUGGCGAUGCCGCUGCUGGACGAGAUCACGAUGGAGCGAGUGAUCGAGGAGUUCGAGCACCGCUGCCACGAGAACAUGACGCACGCCACGGAGACGGAGGAGGGGCUGGGCAUCGAGUACGACGAGGACGUGGUGUGUGACGUGUGCCGGUCGCCGGACGGGGAGGACAACAACGAGAUGGUGUUCUGUGACAAGUGCAACAUCUGCGUCCACCAGGCGUGUUACGGCAUCCAGAAAGUGCCGAAGGGCAGCUGGCUGUGCCGGAUCUGCGCCCUCGGCAUCAUGCCCAAAUGUCAGCUGUGUCCCAAGAAGGGCGGAGCCAUGAAACCGACCCGAAGUGGAACCAAGUGGGUCCACGUCAGCUGUGCCUUGUGGAUUCCAGAGGUGAGCAUCGGGAAUCCAGAGAAGAUGGAGCCCAUCACCAACGUGUCCCACAUCCCCAGCAACAGAUGGGCUCUGAUCUGCUGCCUGUGCAAAGAGAAGAGGGGAGCGUGUAUACAGUGCUCAGCUAAAAACUGCCGGACUGCCUUCCAUGUGACGUGUGGCCUCCACGCCGGCCUGGAGAUGAACACCAUCCUCACCGAGGACGACGAGGUCAAGUUCAAGUCCUACUGCCCCAAACACUCCGGGCUCGAGGGCGCCGAGUCCAGGGACGGAGACUCGGGGGACGAGGAGGAGAAGGAGGGGGCCAGAGACAAGAAGGGCAGGAGGAGAGGCCGGGUGAGAGGGGAGGAAGACGCCGCCUCCUCCUCCACCUCUCUGAACUCCUAUGUGCCUCCUCAGCUGGUGGACAGAGCGUCCAGGGAGGCGGAGGUCCUCAGCAGCCGGCAGCUGGAGAACAGAGUCAACCUCCGCAAGCUGAAGCUGCAGGAGAUGGAGGAGGAGUUCUACCAGUUUGUGGGGGUGGAGGAGGUGGCCAGUCACCUGAAGCUGCUGCCGGAGGUGGUGGACUUCCUCUUCCAGUACUGGAAGCUGAAGCGCAAAGCCAACUUCAACCUUCCGCUCCUCACGCCCAAGAAGGACGAGGAGGAGAGCCUGGCCCGCCGCGAGCAGGAGGUGCUGCUGCGCCGCCUGCAGCUGUUCACGCACCUCCGCCAGGACCUGGAGAGGGUGCGUAACUUGACCUACAUGGUGACUCGGAGGGAGAAGAUGAAGCGCUCGCUGUGGAGAGUCCAGGAGCAGAUCUUCCAGCAGCAGGUGAAGCUGCUGGACCACGAGCUGCUCACAGGAGACCCGUCAGCGAAGGACCUGGAGGAGAUCUUCUCUCUGGGCUCAAAGUCUCGCUCCUCCUGGAGCAAACAAGGCUCUCAGAAGCAGGAGAGAAGGAAAAGCACCGACAGGAGGAGCUUCUCUGACUCGCCUCACAUUCACAAGAAGGAGAAUCUGAGCAAACAGCCGGAGACCAAGGACGGUAAAAGCUCCCGAGUCAAAGAGGCGUCAGAGGCUGAAGGCGACGCCCACAUCCAGAACUCUGACAUCAGUCAGGAGGUUCUUCUCCCAAAGCUUCAGGAGGCCAUCGCCGUCAAGCUGCACAAACCUGAGAGCAGGAAAGGGCCCAGGAGAGAGGCCCCGGGGCCCGAACCCGAGGCGCUGACCAGAGGGAAGCGAGACAACGACCACGAGCAGCAGGAGGAGAAGAGGAGGAGGAGGAGGAGCGAGGUGGUGGCAGAGAACCUCUCCAGUCAGGUCAAGAACAAGUUCGGGUCCAAGCAUCUGGAGAAAACCGUUUCCAUCCGGCUGGUGGACAUCAGAAGCUCCGACACCGACGACAUCUUCAUCGACGAAGGGUUGAGCAGGAGAAGCCCCGCCCCCUUGGACGUGACCAGCAACACUAAGUGUCCCCGAGCCGGCGGCUGGCUGAGGAGGAGCCAGGCCACCGGCUCCCACUCGCCCCACGGGGCCGUCGGCCACAUCCGAGGCUGGGGCAAGUUCAGGAUCCCUAAGAGGAGCGAGAGGCCUCUGACGAUGAAGGAGGAGGAAGAGGAGGAGGAGGAGGAGCAGGGCAAGCCGCUGCUGAGGCCGCUGACCAACACGCCGGAGCCGCCGUACGCCAGAACGCGACUCCGCACGGGGGGGGCGGAGCACGACGGCUACGCCUCCGACUCCAAACCGAGCGAGGGGGAGGUGGAGCCCUGUUUGAAACGCUGCCACUCCCACCAGCUGAGGGGUGACUCCGCCCUCAGCCGCCGCUACGGCUCCGACAUCAUCCGGCGAGGCGUGCUGGCCUCCUGAUAGGGGGGGGGGGGGCACUCUGAGAAUAAGCUGCACUGUGUCAGUGGAGAGAGAGAACCACGCUCGCUCUUUGUACCUUUAUUUUUCUCGAUGAAUCCUAAAAAUGCCUAGAUGAAAAACAGAGCUGAUAUUUAUUUUUUAUUUGUAACAUAUGUAAAACUGGGAAAUAUUUUACUUUCUACUUUAUUUUGAUGUUUUUUCUUUUGAAUAUUCUUUUCCCCCUCGAAGUAGAAAGAUGUCAAGUUGCCACUUAAACGCUCGCUCAGACUUUUACAAGCAAAAAACCAUCGACUGGGAAGAAGUUGUGUUUGACGCUUGGGACCAUAAGCUUGCAAUGUUAUUUGUGUUUUUUGGCAAAGUAUUAAACUCGGCCACGAGUCAGUUGCACUUGAUCGAUUAAAGCUGAAACAGAUCAUCCUCAUCCCGACAGUGUAGCUUUCUUUUUAUUGAGCUUCACCUGCGACCAACAGGAAGUCAAACUGAACUUUUAUCUGUAUUUAAACUCCUGAGAAGCCACAGAGGAGGAGGAGGAGGAGGAGGAGGAAGAGGAAGGAGUCCAAGUGGACGUUUGACUCGUCAUCAGCACUUAAGUGUAAUUGAACUGCGAUCGCAUCGCCUCCAUCACGUGCCUAACUUUGAUUUGAAGCGUUUGCACUACGAGAGGACGGCACAGGUGUGAGGACGGGAGAGUUAUUUUUACACUGAAAAAUUGAAUACGCGUUUUGUACCCUCGGCCACUGCUGUACUACUACUGUUAUGCAAAUGAAACGUGUCUUGUCUUUUGUCCUGAAGAGGAAUAAACACUCUGCAAGACUUCA